GUGGGAGACACUAGUUGACCAUGGCUUCAGUCCCUCAUCGUUUGCGGUGUCAGUUGAUGCUCAGACUUCCAGCAUAGCGACAAGAUUUGCGGUUCAUCAACGUUAUACGUGGAUACGAAAUUUUCUGUUUGCUUUUAAUCGUUUAAUAAAGAUUCGAUAUUAAGAAUGUAUUCCUUUGUUGCUAUGAUUGCUAUCUUCUAUGUAUCAACGUUUAGUACCGUCGAUGCGCAAUUUCCAAGACAAUCUGAUUGCAAUACGCCAAAUGAAAUUGCUGGAAAUUGUAUUACAAUCCGUCAAUGUAUACCAUUAUUGACUAUGCUUCAAGAGAAGCCUCUCCGACCGGAAACCGUGGAUUAUCUAAUACGAUCUCAAUGUGGCUUCGAAGGCAAAGAUCCUCGUGUAUGUUGUCCUCUCUCUACUGUCGAAUCAAAUCGAAUCAGUCAACCUUCUUAUCCGGGGACUGUACCACCUACAGAAGAAAAACAUAGUGCAUUAGAAAAAACAGACGAUCCCGUCAGCAAUUUACUUGAUAAUCCUUUAUUACCAAGCGAAUGCGGAAAAAGUUUGAUACCUCGAAUCAUUGGAGGACAACGUACUGCUCUUGAUGAGUUUCCAUGGAUGGCUCUGUUGGAAUAUCAACAUCCAAGAGGACGAACUACUGCCUGCGGAGGAGUUUUGAUUAACGAACGUUAUGUACUUACUGCUGCUCAUUGCAUAAAGGGUAAGGAUUUACCACCAACGUGGACGUUAACAAGCGUACGAUUAGGCGAAUACGAUACCUCCUCCGAUAAAGAUUGCAUUCAAGAGGAAGACGAAGUUAUAUGCUCCGAUGAUCCGAUCACAGUAGGCAUCGAAGAACAAAUUGCUCAUGAACAAUACAGACCAUUGUCGAAAGAUCAGAAAUAUGAUAUCGCAUUAUUGAGAUUGUCAAGGAACAUCGUCUCGACAAAUUAUAUAAAGCCAAUUUGUUUGCCACGAACUCCUUCAUUUGGUCAAAAAAUGUACGUAGCAGGUUGGGGUAAAACGGAAUACAAUUCGUCUUCGGACUUUAAGCUAAAACUAGCAUUACCUUUGACCGAUAAAAAUGAUUGCGAUAGAACUUAUAAUCAAGUUGGUAUCAGGCUCGGUUUCGGACAAAUUUGUGCCGGUGGUCAGAAAGGUAAAGAUUCAUGUAGAGGAGAUUCAGGUGGACCACUCAUGUCUGUUGAAAAUUCAUCUAACGGUAAUGGAAUAUGGGCAGCCGUAGGAGUUGUAUCCUUUGGUCCUACACCCUGUGGUAUGCCUGGUUGGCCUGGUGUUUAUACUAAAGUUUAUGAUUUUGUUCCAUGGAUAACUAGUAAGAUAAGGUCUUAAGAAAACUAUUAGAGGGAUUUUGUACUUUCUCUAAAUUUAAAAGCCAAAAUGAUGAAUACGAUAGUACAUGCUUUAUACAUCACAGCAUUAGUGCCAUUUUUCACGUACACGAAUGCACAGGAAAGAUGUGUGACGCCUACGAAAAGCAGUGGUAUUUGUAUGAACAUAAAUAAUUGCACAUAUAUUGUUAACAUUUUAAUAAAUCAAAAGCCUUUAACACAAGAAAUUAUUGAAUUUCUAAGAGCAUCGCAAUGCGGUUUCGAGGAUAGGAUUCCAAAAAUUUGCUGUUCUGAUCAAAUGACAACAUCUGUUACUUCUACGGAUUUAUAUGUCGAUGAAUUUACCGAUCCUCCGGAUGUAUCAAACCAUCCAAAUUUACGAAUCUUAAACCACGAUAUAUGUGGUCCUCUAACUAAAAGUAGAAUCAUUGGUGGCAACAAAACUAGUGUCUUUGAUUAUCCGUGGAUGGCUCUUCUCGCUUACUCCACAGGGAGACAAAAUCGGGAUUUUCGAUGCGGUGGUUCCUUGAUUACUAAACGAUAUAUCCUUACAGCUGCCCAUUGUGUUAGCUCUUUACCUAGCGAAUUAACGCUAGUAGGAGCGAGAAUAGGAGAGCAUGAUCUUAGAACGGAACGUGACUGUGAUAAAGAUGAAAAUGGGACGGAAGUAGCUUGUGCGGAGAAAUAUCAAGAUUAUGAUAUUGAAAGUACACACGUUCAUCCGGGAUACACGAGAACAAAACUUCAAAAUGAUAUCGCCCUGAUACGAUUGAACGGCGAUGUUGAUUUCAGACCUAGAAAUGUUAAACCAAUCUGUUUACCAAUCAGUAAUACUGGAACACUUCCGAGAAAGUUGAUCGUCACAGGCUGGGGAGCGACAGAACUUGGAACGCGAAGCAACGACCUGUUGCAGCUUGGUCUGACACCGAUAGCCACGGAAGAAUGCAAAGAGAUUUAUAAGACUAAAGCUGAAAUUUGGUACAAACAGUUAUGCGCUGGUGGAAAAAAAAAUAUGGAUUCUUGUUUUGGAGACAGUGGUGGACCUCUUCAAGCGCCUGGAUUAUACAAUAAUAACGCUCGAUUCAUUCAAUAUGGGGUUGUCAGUUUCGGAUUGAAAAACUGCGGUACAGAAGGUUUCCCAGGCGUUUAUACUAACGUUAGAUAUUAUAUAGAUUGGAUUUUAAAUACUAUAAGGAAUUAAUUUAAUCGAUUACAUAUUAUUUUGUACUUUUUUAUUAAAGUUUUUUUUUGUAAUAGUAACACUGGUGUUGUUACAACAAAUUAGAAGAAAUUAUUCCUAUUUAA